AUGGGUCGUUUAAAGCAGAAAUUACUAGAAAAAAGAUUGCUCCAAUAGUAAUAAAAAAAAAAGAAUCAUAUUAAAAAAGAGAAAGGAGAAAUUACAAAAUUACAAAAUGUGAAGGAAACAAAUGCAGAAUAAUAGAAAAAAAAGGAUCAAAAAGGAAAGGAUGAUGAUGAUUCUCGUAAUGCACUCGAAAAAAUAAUUAAACUUGAUAAAAAAAAUAGUAACUUUGAUUUAUAUGAUCCACUUACAAACAAUUUUCUGAAAGUUCGAAGUGUUAAUUACUAGAUAAAUUAUUAGUAAAUACAAGGAUUGUCUUAAACAGAUCAUUAAAUGAGAUAAUUUUGGAGACAUGUCAAUAGCACAUAUUUAAGGAGAGUGCAAAGUUAGGAUGAAAAUAAGCUUGAGUAUUUAAAAAAUUUAUUCAAUACUCCUAUUGAGCCUGACAAUUAGGAGUUAGAAUGGGACGAUUGGAGAGCUUAGCUAGCUGUUUAAUAUAUCUUAGAUGAAUCUGUCCAAAGGUAGUAUUAAGAUGAUGACUUAUCUAAUCUAAACUAUGAAAAUCUGCUACUUCAUAUGAGAAUUACUUUUCUUAUUGCUAAUCAAUAUAUUAAGGAUAAAUCUCUCAUAUAAAAAAUAUUGCAAACCAAAAAGAAAUAAAUUCCUAAAAAUUCAUCUAGUUAUUAAAGCUAACUUGAAGCAUUUCAAAAUGAAAAAAACUAAUUGCUAUAGAUUAUCUAGAAUAUUGCUUAAAACUCAUAAUUAUACAAAGAAAUACAAGAAGAAGAAGAUCAACUGUUGGAGGAAACUGUAAAAUUAAAAGAAGAAUUAAAAUAAAUAAAUCAACAAAAUCAUAAGAAUAUUUAAAGAUUAGAGCAGCAACUUAAAAUGGAAUUUUGUAAGUAGCAAAUGAUAUAUUUGGAAACAGAUUAUAUUCUUUCAAAGUCUAAAAAUGAAAAUAUUCACAUACAAAAAGAUUAUAAUGAGGAACAAAAGCACCUUUUGCUUGAGAAACACUUUGCUAAAAUGGAGAAUAUGAAUUUGUAGGCUUCAUUUUUACAUUAAACUAUUUUAAGAUUGGAGAAGAAAUAGCUUUCGGAAACUAUUUCAUGCAUUACUGGAUACACAAACAAAUACAAUUAGCCAUAAUUUGAAUUAAGGUUUGAGUCAGCUUAUAAUGAUUCAGCAGAAUGGAUAAGUGAGUAGUUAUUAGAUGAGUUGAACUCUUUAAGAGAUUAAAAUUUAUUUUCUUUUUAUAACAUUCCUUAAAAAACGCUGUAUUCUCAUAUAGCAAACAACUUUUUAGGAUGGAAUUAUAUAUAAAAAAACAGAGAUAAGCCAAACUAAUUGAAGCUAAAAAAUAUUAAGGAUUUGAUAACUUAAAAAGAAUAACCUGGAAAUAAAAUGAAUUAGUAUGAAAUAUGUCAUCACUGUAAACAUUUGUUUAAAAAGAGUAUUCUUUUUUAAUGCAAGUAUAAAGCAUCUACUAUGGGAAUACCUGUCCAUAAUUAUAUUGUUACUGAUCCCUUCUUAUUUUAAUUUAUUGAAUCUGACAAUACAAACAGUAAGAAGCCUCAAGUCAACAAAAAAAGAAACUGCUAUACUAUGUUCUAAAAAGUAGAUGGAGAUUUGGUUUGCAAAAGAAUGUACUGUAGAUCUUGUCUAAAAUAAAAUUACGAUUUAAUUCUUUCAGAAAUUAAAGAUAAGUAAGAUUGGCUUUGCCCUUUCUGCUAAGGAAAUUGUUAUUGUACUAGAUGUCUUCGAAAUGAAUUACUCAUGAAAUACAAAGGAAUUUAUAUUUUAUUAGGAGGAGAUAUUAAUUUAAUUCAAAGAGAAUCUGUGUUUGAAUAUUAUUCUCAGCAGAUGUCCUAGCAAAGAUAAAGAGAAUAUUAAGAGUAGCAAUUAAACAUGAAUAGCAGAGGUAUAAAAAAUUCAGUAAAAGGAUUAAAAUUAAAAGAUGAACACACAUAAAAAAUAGUUGAAGUUGAGAGAUUAAAGUAAUUAUGUCAAUAAGUGAAUAAAAGAGAAAAAUAUAAAUUUGAAAUGCUGAAAUAGAAUAUAGAUAUAUUUAGAGAAAAGUAUAAAACUCACACUGAUAAAGAAUUCCCCAUAGUUGACAUAAAUAAUUUGAAUACACAAGAAUUUAUUGCAGACUUAUUACCUUUCCAAAAUGAACUAGUUAUAAAUACAAUAAAUAACUUUCAAAAAAACAACUAAAUAAUAGGCAAAAACUUAACAAAAAAUAGCAGUAAUAAAAUAAAAAUGAUUCAAAUUAACAAACUUUUCAAAAAGAAAAAUAAAAAAUAAAAAAAUGAUGAUGAUGAUGAAGAAAAUAAUAUUCAAUAGGAAAAUUCAGUUAAGAGUUACACUUCUUAAAACUCUUCAUCAAAUUCAUAAUCUUAGUCACAAUCAUCCAUAAAUUCAAAAGGAGAUGAAAGAAUAGCUAGUGGUGUGUAAAGAAAGAAAGCUUAAUCAUUAAAAAUAAAUAAGUUAAUUAAAAAAACAAAAACAAGUAGUAAAGUCAUGCUUAAAAAGAGCAAUAAGAAGGGUAAUUAGAGGGACUGA